AUGAAGAGCUGCCUCGGCCUGGUUCUGCUGCUGCUGGGUUCUGUGAUGCUGCAUGGAGGUUCUGGACUUCGCUGCUACAGGUGCUCUGAUUACACGGGGCGCUGCGAGAACGUGCAGGAGUGCACGUAUGAGGACUCGUGCAUCUCUCUGAGUGAAAGAGGGGGGAGGACGAUCCGUCAGUGCAUCAGGUACACGGACUGCGACAUCUCCCGCCUCACCCAGAUGUUUCCAUCUGUCUCCAGCUUCACCUACAGAUGCUGCAACAGCAACCUGUGUAACUCGGGCUCCUCGGUUGCCAUGGCAACACCAGCUCUGGCCCUGAUGGGGUCCCUGCUGAGCGUUUGGUGGUUCUGGUCUUGAACCCGAGUCGUAGAUUUUAACCUCUGACGAGAACUAAUCUGUUUUCCGUUUCUCAGGUCUCAUUUUAAAAUCUUUAUUUACUCAUUUUUAAAUUUAU